UCUUCUUAAGACAUGAAACGUGCUCGUUCUAAACGCACGACUAGGCUACUGAUAAGCCUUAUGACUGGUGGCAUCAAUCAGCCUCAACUACUCGAGACUGAUGUGGGUCCCUCUCAGCCUCAGUUGCCCCAGCCUAUAGUGGGUCCCUCCCAGCAUCAGCCUUCCCCGGCUACAUCGGGUCCAGUCCAGCCUUUGUUGCCCGAGUCUACAGCGGGUCCUUCUCAUCCCCAGCUUCCCCUACAUACGGCGGGUCUCUCCCAGAGUUUGCCUCAGGAUCCACACCAGACAGUUGAUUCAUUAGAGGAUACUUCUAGUGAUUUGUUGUUCACGAAGAGAAGGAGUCGAGGCCCCACACGAUGCCAUCAAGUUUGGAACAUGUGUGAAGGGCAAUGCAUUUUAAUUACCACCAACAAUCUAGGGCAACCUGUUAAUGAAAAUGCUAGCAAGUUGACAAACUUUUUGGGGACAAUAGCACGUAAUGGGGAUUACGCACCCCUUACAUAUUCUAAUUGGAGGGUAGUGCCAAACGAGAAGAAGGAUGAUAUGUACGAACUUUUCAUGGUUCGUAAUAAGAUAAAUAUGAAAAAUCGGAGAAAACAACGCAUUAGCCACACUGCAGGCACGAAGAGCUUUGCGCGAAUACAUGAAGAAGAGGAACAAUUAAAUGAACGAACUUCGCAGCAGCUAGAGGCUUCACAUAAUAGCACUGCGAGGAAAGAUAUAUUCUCAGAAGUCAUGGGUGACAAACGACAUGGCCGUGUCCGCACUUAUGGGUUAGGUCCCUCUCCUUCUGAUAUAUGGGGCACAACAUCCCAUAGUGUCCAGUCCCAAGGGAUGACCUCCAAUGCUCAGAAGAUAGAUGAACAAUAUGAGGAAUUGCAUGCUGAAAUAUCUUCCCUAAGAGAAACUAUGGUUGAUAGAGAUGCUCAAAUAUCUUCACUAAGAGAAACUAUGGCUGAUAGAGAUGUUCAAAUAUCUUCACUAGGAGAAACUAUGACAACAUUGAUGGCUGUCAUAACGAAUCCAAGCAUUAAUCUAGCUACAUUAUUAGGUGUUUCAGCUAAUCCCAACUUGAACCAACCCUCCUCAUCAUCAAGCUACUUGGUUCCAACCCCUCAGAGACACUUGGUGAAUAAGGGGAAUUCUACGAGUUGCACUAAUGUGACUCAAGUUCUUCUUAAGAGUAUUGUAAGGCCUGGGGAUACUGUAGUUAAAGGAACCGUUUUGAGCACGGAUCCAUUGACAAAAGUAGGGGGGCAAAAACUUGGAGUUGGUUUCUGGGAAGUAUCUGUUCAAGUGGCAAUCGUACGUGAUGAGGAUUUGAUAAGGACCCAGGGACGAUAUAAAACAAUUGGGGAUGCAAUUGGAACGAGUAUUGCUUGGCCCACUACUUUAUGUUUGGUUCCAGGGUGUGUUAGAAACUAUGCAGGACUUACCGAACCAGGAAAUGCUGUAAAUGGCCUACUGAUUCUUCUUGAAGUUAACUUUGCACAAAAGUUGAGAGUCAAGAGGCCUUGUGAGGAAAAGGGAAACACCAUGGCUUCAAAUGGGAACUCAUUGAGUAUUGCACAGCCAACCAUCCCCAUUUUUAAAGGAGAGAGUUACGAGUUCUGGAACAUCAAAAUGAAGACUCUAUUUAAGUCUCAAGACCUCUGGGACUUGGUAGAGAAUGGGUUUGCCGAUCCAGAUGAGGAGAAUUGGUUGAAGGAAAACAAAAAGGACUCCAAGGCAUUGUUCUUCAUCCAACAAGCUGUCCAUGAGACGGUCUUCUUAAGAAUUGCAGCAGCUACGACUUCGAAGCAGGCAUGGACGAUUCUACAAACUGAAUUUCAAGGCUCGUCAAAGGUAAUGGCUGUGAAACUCCAAACUCUUCGGCAUGAGUUUGAAACUUUAAUCAUGAAAAGCAAUGAAUCGGUGCAAGAUUUUUUGUCAAGAGCAAUGGCAAUAAUCAGUCAAAUGAGAUCAUAUGGAGACCAAAUAACUGAUCAAACUAUUGUUGCAAAAAUUUUGAGGAGUUUAACUCCCAAGUUUGAUCAUGUUGUAGCUGCAAUUGAGGAGUCCAAAGACUUGUCUAACUUCUCAUUUGACAAAUUGAUGGGUUCUUUGCAAGCUCAUGAGGCAAGGUUAAACAGAUCAGCUGAAAAACAUGAAGAGAAAGCAUUUCAAGUGAAGGGGGAGGCAUCUAAUUCAAGAGAAUUUGACAAGGCAGCAGUUGGAAGAGGACGAGGCAGAGGUGCAUUUCGUGGAAAGAGUCGUGGUAGAGGAAGAGGCAGAGGUUUUGAGUAA